UCUGAAUCCUUUCUGCUCGCUUACUGUCAUCCCUUACUGACUUGGAGGCGCGCAAACCGUCGCGCGAUGCGUUUUGACAAGUCACGCGCGCCCGCGAAAAAAAAAAAGGCGCGCUUAAUCCGGCGGUUCGUGGGAUUGGGCGGGAAGAGAGUCGGUUGAGGAAACACGGGAUUGGGCGGAUGUUAGAGUCAAACCGCUGCUGUCUGUGACUCAGAAGAAGAGACGAAUCCACUUCACUUUACCUCAGCUGAGUUUCUGUGAGGCGAUCGCGGAGAAGGAGACCUUAUUAUUGACCUAACUGGAAUUAACAGUUCUGGGCAAGUAAGGAAGAAUAUUAAGGAACGUUAUACUAUUAAACGAUGGCUUUCAUGGUGAAACACGUUGUCGGCGGUCAGCUGAAGAAUCUGACAGGAGGUCUGACAGAAGAUAAAUCUGACGGAGACAAAUCCGACGCGGCCGCGAAAGGAAUGACACAAGAAGAGUUUGAGCAGUACCAACAACAGCUAGAGGAGGAAAAGCAAGAGCGAGACGCCAGUUUUGCCCAGAAGAAGGCGGAGAGGGCGACAGUCAGGUCUCACUUUAGAGACAAAUACAGGUUGCCAAAGAAUGAGCUGGAUGAGACUCAGAUCCAGGCGGCGGCAGACGACGUCGAGCUCCCCACCGAACUGGCCAAGAUGAUCGCCGAAGACAACCAGGAGGAGGAACAGAAGCAGUCUGUUCUGGGUCACCUGACCAACAUCCAGAACGUGGACAUGGGCCACCUGAAGGACAAAGCUCAGGCCACACUGGAGGACCUGAAGAGCUCGGCGGAGAAGUGCUGCGUCAUGUGAUCUCACUGCAUCCUCACUCCUGGAAGUGUUUCUUCUCUCCUUAUCCCUGUAUCUCCUCCACACAAACACACACACUCUCACACACACACACACACACACACACACACACACACACACACACAGACACACACACACACACACACAUACCGUGUCUGACGACUAACAUCCAUAUUCAUAUAUCCAGUGUGACAUGUAGGGCAGUGUUUGUUUCAUGAUGCUGAUAUCGUUCUAGGAGUUUAAAUGUCAUGUGUGUUUCAUCAACUAUACGAGAAUCUCACAAAAACACGAUCGGGUCACAUUUCACAAAAUUAUAUUUUGCAUAAAUUAUUAAUCUUGAAGGGAUAGUUCACCCAAAAAUUACAAUUAUCUUAUUUAUUCUCCCUCAUGUUUUCCAAACAAAUUUUAAGGAAUGUUGGUAAGCAAACAGUUGCCGGUA